AUGAAGGUGCAUUUUAAUUUGAAGAAACAGAUGAAGCCAAUACUAACAACAGGAGUUCCAAAGAGACAAGGAGACAUAUUGUAUACACAAUUCAAUGAUCUAAUAGUGGAGACUGAUGUUAAGACAUUCCAAAUUCUUAGAGAAAUACCGUUUGAUUCCCUCAAGUGCUUUGAUGUAAGGGAUGGAUACAUAGUUGCAUGUUCGAAAGGGAUAGUUAUCUAUAAUCUUGCAAAGGGAGUUGUAGAAGAUGUUGUUCAGUUUUCAAAAAUAGAGGUGUGCAGUAUGGUUGUGGAUGAGCUAGUGGUUUCUGAUGAAGGAUUUAGUGCCUUUUCUGUUGUGGUCGGAAGGGUUGACGGAUCCGUUUCCAAGAUAGAUCUGGUUAGCAAGGCACCUUUAUGGUCUUAUAGAAUGGACAGCAUGAUAAGAAAGCUAGAAAGGUUUGGAAAUAUGGUGUGUUCUGCAGAUGCUAAUGAGGUGUGGAUUUAUAAAGGAGGAGAAGAGCUUUUGAAGUAUCAUGAGCCGGAGGUAGUGGGAAUAGGAUAUAAUGGACGCCAUGUUUGUGCAGUCACGCGAGAAGGGGUUUUAAAGAUCUUGGAAAAGUCUAAGAAGGUGGCAUUGGACACAAAGUGUGACUUUAUGGUAGGAGAUGGGCAGUUUUUGUAUAUAUGGAAAGGCUUAAUAGUCCAUGUAUAUGACUAUGAUGGAAAGAUUCAAUAUAAAAGGGACAUUCUCGCGGAAAGAGAAGGAUCAUCGCAGAGUAUGCUUCGGUUUAGGAAAGAAGAUGGAAGUUUUGAAGACGAGAGUGAAGAGAAUGGGUUUCCAAAUGGAAAAGAACGGUGUGAGAUUUACGGAGAGAACAGUGACGAUUGCUACGAAGACGAAAGUGGAACAGAUGACGGAUACAAGAAAAGAAAACAUGUUUCUGAUAUGAGAAAUACUGUGGUGGAAGAAGAAAUCAAAGUGGACGAUGAGGUGAUUGUUGAAGGGAUGUCUCAGGGGGUUAUAGUAACAAGCGAGCAGGAAAUAUUUCUUGUUGACGAAAGUUUGAGGGUUACUUCUGUUAUUAUUGGGAAUAAUGAUGAGAUAACGGACAUGAAGAAGUGGAAUGACGUACUGUUUGUUGCCACAAAUAGUGGAAGGUUGAGAUACACAUUUGUAGAUGGGGGAGAAGGAAGCUAUGCAUUCAAUGGAGAUAUUGUUCCAGCACAUUCGGAAGCCAUUAUGUCACUCUCAAUCAAUGGAAACUUCUUGAUGACAACCUCAAGAGACAAGAAAGCCAUUCUUUGGAAGAUUGUUUUGAAAGAUACAGAAAACAGAGAAGAGAAAAGUGUGGUUUUGAAGAGAAUUAAGACACUUGAGAAUGGUCUUGGAGGACUCAACGGAUGUGUUCUUGGAGCUUCUAUUUUUGUACUUGUUGGAAGCGAUCAGAUUCUGCAGAUAUGGGACUACAAAGAUAAUGUGUUCAUGGAAAGAAUCCAUGACAAGGAGAUUAACAGUGUUGAAAUCAACGAGGAAAGAAGACUCAUUGCAACAUGUUCCCAAGAUAAGAAGGCAAAGGUUUUUAACUUUGAAGGAAGAAUCCUUCAGGUGCUUUCGGGGCACACAAAGGGUGUAUGGAGUGUGAGUUUUGGCAAAAAUCUGAUGGCAACAUGUUCUGCAGAUACCACAGUAAGGAUUUGGGAUAUAGAGACUUUUGAGUGUGUUGGGGUGCUUACAGCACACAGAAGCGCUGUUCUGAAGGGGCAGUUCUACAGAAAUGACGAAAGGUUUAUUUCCGGAUGUGCUACUGGGGAAAUGAAAGUUUGGAAUGUUAAAAAGAGAACAUGUGAAAUGAACAUUGAUGUUCACAGAGACCGGGUAUGGGCCUUUAUCAGUGGAUCCCUUCUCAUAACAUCUGGAAACGGACUAAUAGCUUUUUUUCAAGACGACUCUCAGGAAGUGUUAAACAGGACCAUUGCAAAGAAGAAUGAAAAGGAAAUGCAAACCAUCGAGCUGGAAAGAUGCCUUCGAAAUAAUCUUAAUGUCAAAGCUGUUGAAAUACUCUCUAGGACAGACGAUUACAAACAAUUAUUUAGAAUGAUAGUGAGGUGCCAUAGAGAAAGAUCCAACGAAAUUUUCACUAUUUUUGAAGACAAGCAUAAAAUGUUCUUUGACCUUAUUCUAAAACAAGGGACAUUCAAGAACUGUGUUGUCAUACAAUGGCUUAUAGAGGAGAGCCUUAGAAGAGGAUGGAAAAUGAGCAGUGAAGUCUUGGAUAAGGUCUACAAGGUUACAGAGAAGUACUCGGAUUCCAUCGAUGGGAUUUACUCUACCCUUCUUGGAUUUACCAUCUUUGAAAGAUGA